CAUGACGUCACGGAGGGGGCAGGGUCCUUGCAGAGCGCCCGUGCCGGUCACCGAGUGCGGGCGGAGACAGAAGUGACAUCAGCAGUGACAUCAGCAACUGUGUGUGACAUCAUCGGUGACUCCAGUCACAGGGUGUGACAUCACCAGUGACCCCAACAAACUGGUGUGACAUCACGAGUGACUCCAGUGACAUCCCCAGUGACACCGGUGACAUCCCCAGUGACCGGGUGUGACAUCCCCAGUGGCAUCCCCAGUGUCCCCUCGGCCAUGCUCCGCCACGCCCUGUCCCUGUCCCGUGCUGUAGCCUCUGUCCCUUGUCCCCAUCCCCGUCCCCCCUUGCUCCGGUGCUGCCACUGCCCAGUGUCCCCCCCCUCGGCAGCCCCAGAACCCCCCCAGGACCUGGCUGUCCCCAACGCCGCCUGGAGUGACACCAUGAGGCGCCACUACGGCCACCUGGAGGCCAUCAAGGGCUGGACCCGCCUGCCGUCCUUCCGCCGUGCCCAGCACCACUUCCCGGGGGCCGCGGGGACAUCGGGGGACACACGGCUGUUCCCGAGGGCCAUCGAGGGGCCGGGAGACGGCUUCGAGUAUGUCAUGUUCCUCAGUGUCCCCUCGCGGCGCCUGCGCUGCCUCUGCCAGCCCGGGCCCUUCCUCGAGGGACACCCGGGGCUGACCCACGGUGGUGCACUUGCCACCCUGAUCGACAGCUCCCUGGGGACACUGGCGCUGGCGGUAGCCGGGAGGGUGGUGACAGCCAACCUCAGCAUCGACUACGUCCUCCCUGUCCCCCUGGGCACGGUGGUGCUCGUGGAUGCCCACCUGGAGCGCCAGGAGGGCAGGAAGGUGUUCCUGGAGUGUCACCUGCGCAGCGCUGACGGGGACACCCUGCACGCCAGGGCCACGGGUCUCUUCAUCCGGCUGGACCCCCCCAAGGAUGAGGCUCGCGAGGGGGGCGUUGGUGACCAGUAGCUGUCACUAUCACCCCGGGGUCACCCCUGUCCCCCUGUGUCACCCUCAUGUCCCCCUCAGUCACCCCUGUGUCCCUUCAUGCCACCCCCGUGUCCCCUUGUGUCACCCUGCUCACCCCUGGGUCCCCUCCAUGGCCCCGCCAUGUCACCCACGUGUCCUCCCAGUCAUGCCCAUGUCAACCUCUUGUCCCCCCCUGCCCCUCGUAUCCUUUCCGUGCCCUCCCCCCCAUAUCCCCAGGGGCGUCAGGGGUGACCCCGGUGACCAUCAGAGCUGCUGCCACCACCCCCUGUGUCCCCCGUGUCUCUGUGGGGUUUGGGAUGGGGGGCAGGACACCUUUGGGACCCCCAGUGUCCCCUUUGGGACCUCCCCCGUGUACCCCCCCCGUGUCUCCUCUGGGAACCCCCGCAUCCCAUUUAGGGCCCCCCCGUGCCCCCCCAACAUGUGUCCCCUCUGGGACCCCCCAUGUCCCCACUUCUGAUGCCACCUCGGGGCCCCCCCCCAGGGUAGGGGGUCAGGCAGGGACCCCUGGCAAGGCAAGGCUGCCCCCCAAAACUGGGCAUGUCGGGGGGUUCUUGCACCCCAAAACUGAGCCCAGAGGGAUGUUGGGGGUCCCUACACCCCAAAACCAGACAUUUCGGGAGUUCCUGCACGCCAAAAUUGGUCACACUGGGGGGUCGGGGGGAGGUCUCUUCACCCCAAAAUGGAGCCUAUUUGGAUGCUGGGGGUUCCUGAACCCCAAAAAGGAGCCUGUUGGGGUAUUGAGGGGUCCCAGCACCCCAAAUCUGAUCCUACCAGGGUGUGUUGGGGGUCCCUCCACCUCAAACCUGCCCCCCUUAAAAUUUCAGACUGUCUGGUGGGUUGACGGGGGGGGUCUUAUCCCCUCCUCCUUCCCUUUGGGGUCCAGGUAGAUUUGGGAUCACCCCCUUCCCUCUUCUCCCCGGGGUGGCUCCGGGGAAAGUCAGAACUUUCCAGCG